UGCUUCCGCAGGAUGCAAAUUUACCAGAAGGAAAUAUUUUGGUGGUGUUUGUUAAAACCGAGUCAGAUACAUUUAGCAUCCCAGCUGUGAGUCCUAGCGGAAGCACACACUGGGUUGGCUUGGAGCCUGACGCGGCUUGCUUAAGUAGCCUGCGCAGCCCGGGAGAACGCUCCCGGCGGCAGCAGCAGCAGCAGCAGCAGCAGCAGCAGCAGCAGCAGCGGAGACAGGAGGCUCACAGGAUGGAGAGGCUUGCAGUGUUGGUGCUCCUUCUCAGCUCGCUGACUUUGGGCUCAGAGACCUCCCCACUCUUGACGGAAAAGCAAGCCAAGCAGCUGCUGAGAUCCCGGCGGCAGGAAGCACCCCGCAAGCCAGGCUUCCCGGACGAGCCCAUGCGGGAGUACAUGCUCCACCUGCUGGCCCUGGAGCACCGCGCUGAGGAGCAGUUCCUGGAGCACUGGCUGAACCCACACUGCAAGCCCCACUGUGACAGGAACCAGGUCCACCCCGUGUAAGGGGGGCGGGAGCAGGCUGCAAACAUUGUGAUAGGUGAUGAUCCGGAUAAUGUCAACACAGGAUGGACUUCUUUCAUUGGUUUUCAAAUUGCGGUGAUGGAUUUCUUCAGACUUUGUGAUGGGUGGUUGUGCCCACGCUUGCCUUGGGACUGGCAAAUAUAUAUGCUGCUUCAUUAUUCUAUCCUAUGCAAGUCAUUGCAAUGAAUAGCUUUUAAGGUGUAGAUCCCAUGUUCCCAACAUCUUCCUACUGGAUGAUAGGCUGAGCAGAUGCAGACUCUUUCCUGGGGCUCUCUGGACUAGGAACCAGGGACGGCUUGUUCAGAGAAGUGACGCACACCACUUGGGGCUGUUGAGUUUUUGCUUGACCAUUUGUCUCUUUCUUUCUCUGUUCUAAUAAACAUUGAUGUCAGAUCUGCUUU